GAACAAAUUGGAUAUUUUUUGUUAAAAUCCAAAACCCAAGGCAGGGUAGAGCUUCAAUUCCAAAUUCCAAUUCCUCCAAUUCUUUUUCCCCGCCGGCGGAAGUUGCCACAUUUCUCCGGUUCAGCUCGAAAAUGGAGGGGAAAAGCAAGAUUCUGAUCAUCGGAGCGACAGGAAACCUAGGGUUCCAUUUGGCUCAAGCCAGCUGCAAUGCUUCCCACCCUACGUUUGCUCUGGUCAGAGAUUCUGCCUUCUCUACACCUCACAAACUGGACAAGCUCCGAACUCUCUCCGAUGCCGGAGUUACAUUCCUCAGGGGUUCUCUGGAAGACGAAGCUAGCCUUAAGGAAGCUGUUAAUCAAGUCGAUGCGAUCAUUUGUGCCGUUUCGUCUAGACAGGUUUUGGAUCAGAAGCUUCUGAUUCGAAUCAUUAAACAAACUGGAUGCGUCAAGAGGUUUAUUCCAUCGGAAUUUGGACUAGAUCCUGAUAAGGUUCAAAUAUCAAAAAUGGACUAUGACUUCUAUUCCAGGAAAGCUGAAAUUCGUCGGCUAGUUGAAGAAGGCAUUCCAUAUACCAUAAUUUCUUGUAAUUUUUUUACGAGCUAUUUACUUCCUUCACUUGUUCAACCAGGCAUGAAAAGUCCUCCAAGGGAUAAGGUGACAAUAUUUGGUGAUGGAAAUACCAAAGGUGUAUUUGUGAACAUCAGUGAUGUUGCUGCCUUAACAAUUAGGGCAGUAGAUGAUCCACGCACAUUGAACAAGAUUGUAUAUCUAAGGCCUGAAGGAAAUGUCUAUUCCUUGAAUGAAUUGGUAGAGAUUUGGGAGUGUAAAAUUGGGAAGACGCUUGAGAGGAUUUAUGUUUCAGAAGAAGAUCUGCUAAGGAUAAUUAAAGAGACUCCUUACCCUGACAACAUGGAGUUCAUUUUCAUAUAUUCUGCAUUCGUAAAGGGAGAUCAAACGUAUUUCGAUAUCGAGGCAUCAAAUGGCGUUGAUGGUUCAAAAUUGUUUCCACAACUCAAGCACACCACAAUUAGUGAAUUUCUGGACACCCUAUUGUAAUGAUUUUCAAAUUCUUAUUAAUUUUUUGUUCAUAUUGAUUGAUAGUGGUAACCAGUAACAAUAAGAUAGUAUUAUGCAUUCAUGCUCUUAUUUGAUAACUUUUAAUUUUUA